UGAGAUGGAGGCAUUUUUCAGCUAGCACUGUGUUUUAAUGGAUCUAGCCAAAUUUUAAGUGCCUUUAGUGAUACGAUCACGAAAUGUAAAGUAACCCAGCCGCAAAACCAUCAACUUUUACAAGUAAACGACACACGUGAAUGUAGUCCAAACCAUAAAGAGAACGAACUUGUUUGUUUGUAACGCCUGAUGAGAGCGUUCUUUCACUAAGUUUUGUCUGUAGUCUAAUCUUGGCAACGGAAUGUUGUACAGAAGAUUUGGGUGUUGUUUCUAGAUUACAGCUGUUUCUGUCCUCCGGUGUUGCACCGUUGAAAGAUCUACGGGCCUGAUAGAUCGUUGAUGUGAGUUUGAAAAGUAAAUAAAACAAAAGAAAGGGUCGUCAAAGGAAUCCACAUCAUUUGUACUAAUUUUAAGGUAAAUAUUAUCUUGGUUGAGGUCUGAAAAUCAGAAUGUCUCCAUUGUCAAUCUCAAACUUCGACAGAAUCAAUUUCCCCUACAUUAGUGAGUAUAAAUACAAAGUCAUGUUAUACCGUCCGCGAGUUUAAAUUGGCAAUGGAAAUUUCGACGCAUUUUUAUCCGGACCAAUACAACGGUAACGGUAAAAAAUAUGACAGUUAAAAGAUUACCAAAUACAUGUCUAGGAUAAAUUCUAAUUUUUCUUAAUUACUUUCUUGUCACAUCUUUUAGAAUCUGCUAUAUUUGUCUAAUUGAAAAUGGACGUUUCUUUAUGGCUGUGUGACAUCAUAAUAGGUAUUGUUCUUUUUCUUACGGAUGGUUCAGUAAACUACAGAUGGAUGUGGUCGAACUAAAACCAUCUGCUAUGGACCCUCAACUUCACAGGCCAGACAUGAAAAGUCGAUUUAAGCUUGAUUGAUAAAGACAAUUCUACAACGGGAAUCUCUCCGAAGUCAGUUUUUCGUUGAGAGGUGUAUUCAAAUUUCAAGUUGAGAUUUCCUGAAUGGAGCCAAAUGUUAAUUACUCUGUAACAUGCUUCAUGUUUUGACAUAUUUUGGAAAGUUUUAAAUGAAUAUAUUUUCUAUAUAAAAACAAAUUAAAGUUUGAACUUUUUGGUUUUGUGUAUAGUAGAACAGAUUUAACUGAAUUUAUGUUGCGUUUAUUUUUCUCAACCUCGUUGUGUGUUAAAAAAGCUAUAUCGAAACAGUUACUACCUAACCCUAAUUCUCUGGCCACGAGUAUCUAUCUAAUGUGUUGUUGGCAUGCGUUGGUUAGUUGGCCCUGGUUUGGCUUACCCGACUCUUAAACAUGUCAGUCUUUUAAAUUACACCUUCCAAUCUUAAAAAAAAAAACCUUCAGCAAUCUUCCCAUCUCCUGGAAGCGUCAAGGUCUAACGUCUAAUCUUACCCAAUGCUUUGCAAGGAACUUUUAAUGGCAAGUGUUGAUGAAAAAGUCCCUGAAAUAUUUAUCAUCGCUGCCCACAAACCAUGUAUCCAUUCAUCGUAAACUAGUAAUAAUUUAAAUCAUUUUAACUCCUUGAAAAAACUUGCAUUUUUAAUGACUGACUAUGUAAAGUUAGUAGAAUCAAAUAUUAAAAUGUUAGUUUUCCCAAACGCUCUUUCCUAAGAGUAUUUGAGACCAGCCCCUCCCUUAUUUACCAGAUUAGCAUUACGGAUAUCAUGGCUCGAGUUUGCGUGUAAUUCCUUAUGUCGGAAUCAACUGAAGCAACCGAGGGGGUGAGCGCGUCCAGCUGACCAUUAGACGCUAUGAGUCCCCUAAUUGCUCAUAACACUGUUCCAUCGACACUCAGUCGCCGAGCUAAGCGUGUUCUUGAGUCGGAUUCGAUUGGGAGUGCUUCUGGCGAGAAAGGAGACGGUCUAGGCGCGGGUUCGGGGCUAGAGGCCAAUUGGGAGCAUUUUAAUUCCUUGUAAGCGAUAUUUUGGUUAAAACAUGGCAUUGCAACAGAUACCGCGCAAGGUCUGUUAUUGUUUUGUCUUCAUGCCGCGCUCCUAAGCAAUGAUCCAUGAAAGGCAUUCAGUCCAGAUGGAGAUGGACAGUUAAAUGUGACUGUGCAGCUUGCAAGGGCCACUACAAUUCACCUCUCAUUCAGUUGCAACCACUAUGUUUCGCGCUGCACAUGGAAGGCUCUUAUUUGUGUUGUUUGCUUUGCUCUCGCCGUUGGGUCUACUGGCCUGGGAUAAAGUAUACGUGAAUUUCGACGGAGCCUCGUAUUUAACGUAUGGGCUUUUUUCACAAAUUAGCACAAGCAAGGACAACUUCAAGCUGCUAUUUCGUACGCUCAAGCCCUCUGGAAUCAUUCUGCAUGCCUCAAGUGAAACGGACUUUAUCACGAUAGAGCUUUUGCGAGGAAGGUUAAGAUACACGGCUAAUUUCGGGAGUACUGCCAACAUUUCCGGCUUCCACGAGGUUUUCAUGGGUUCGCACCUUGCUGAUAACGAGUGGCACCAGGUUGAGCUGCGUCGGACUGGGCUCAACAUUCUUCUAAUCCUUGAUGUCACGCGCAAGAGCAAGGUUGCACCCGGCAGCUAUAACACUUUAGAGCUAGACAAUAGAAUUUACAUUGCUGGUGUGGACCAUGUGGGAAUGCGUGACGCGCGGAUGCGUCACGGUCGUAACGUACCCUUUACACAAUUUGAGGGUUGCCUUCAGGAUGUUAUUGUUAAUGGGAAGAAUUUACUGAAGAUGGCACGCAAUCAUGACAUUAGCACACAAAUCCACGGCCCCGCCUCUUUCACUUGCCCUCGUCCUUUGUACACGCCAAUCACGUUUACGAACCCAAAAUCACACAUUCUACUUUCGGUUUCGCUUUCCAGUGCUUUACGGGUGAGCUUCAGGUUUCGUACGUACGAUGAAGAUGGAGCGCUAUUGGUUCAUCGCUUAAAGAGCAGUCGCGGCGUCAGCGUAGGUCUGGUGCUAAGGGGCGGAAGUGUAAUUCUCGACGCCGAAUUUCCAAACCCACACCAACGAGUGCGCCUGCACGCGGGACGCUUGUUGCAUGAUGGUUUUUGGCAUUUGGUGUCAAUAUCGGUCAGCGGUACUUCUGUUCGAUUGGAGGUAGAUCACGUGGUCGACCAGGUGGCGAUCAAGCCACGUUUAUUCGCCCAUAACCCUGUGGUGCAUUUCGGCGGAACCGGAAGUGACUUGAAAGGAUUCAUCGGUUGUAUGUAUGACAUAUAUACAAAUGGGCGCCUUGCUGAUGCCUCAAAAGCCACCAACAUUGGAAUUUUGAUAGGUGUUUGUUCUCCCUUGGAUUACUGCUUACCAAACCCGUGCCAUAAUGGCGGCCGCUGCUUACAGCGACUAAACGAGACAAGCUGUGACUGCACGGGGACAAAUUACAAGGGAUGGCGAUGCGAAGUGCCAGCAGAGCCCCGCAGACAGACAUGCGCAGAUUGGAAAGCUGCAGGUAAAACCGCGAAUGGCUAUUAUCGGAUCAGCCCUGGUAAGGCUAAGCCGUUCACGGUUUUCUGUAAUAUGAACGGACUUGGGGGUCCAAUUACAGUAAUAGACCAUGUCUGGGGUCACGCCCCAGUGCGUGCGGCAGAUAUCCACCAGCGUAGGCAAGGAUUUUAUAUUCACGCUCCACAGUACGACACGGACAUGGCUAGCAUUAAAGCACUCGUGUCUCGCAGCGCGACAUGUAGGCAAUAUCUCCGAUAUGAUUGCCUCAAUUCCGUGCUCUUCGAUUCGCCACACGCCUUUGAUUUGAAAGGUGGACGUGGCGCGCGCUGGAAGUCACGUGACGGUGACGUCAUGGAUUACUGGGCGGGGGCGACCCCUAGGAGUGAGAAGUGCGCAUGCGGGUUGACGAACACGUGCGUCAGGCAUGAUCUCGUGUGUAACUGUGACGCGUGGGACUCGGUUUGGCGCAGCGAUGGCGGGUACAUUACUGAUUUUACGUCACUUCCGGUCCAGGAGGUGAUAUUCAACGUCCGUGGUACUGGUUUAAAGUCGAAUUUCACACUUGGGAGCUUAGAGUGUUUUGGGACGAGGAGUGAGUCGCCAUCCACGACUAAGGCGAAAACCAAUCAACAUACAACUGCUAGCACUCAAAGAAUUUCACGGACAUUUUCGAAAACGUUCCUCGUUCCUACGCAGACGAAACCGACGCCUUCAUCACCAAGUGAAGUCUUCAUAACCAAGAACAACAACAUCCCGGACGCUGCCCCGACCACAAAGUCGGACACAGACUUCAACAACCCUCCCCCUGUAAUCAUCGUGGAUUCCCCGCGUAAAUUUAUCACCAUCCGUCAGAGCAGCAAUCAGGAAAUCAUACUCAUCAUACUAAGCGUGGUGCUCGCUAUUUUCAUCAUCAUCAUCAUAGUGCUGAUGGUCAGACAGAACUUGUUUCUUCCUUGUAAAUGUCUGGACGGACCGGCUUAUCGUGACGUGCGUAACAUCGACAGCGUAGAACUGGGGCCACCGGAUUCGCUAUUCACAAACGCCGAGACUGAGAUCGUGGAAUACGAAGGGAGCCCUUACUCGCCUAGGAACUUUGAAGUAGGGUAUUUAAAUAGGAAUGACGUCAUUGUUGUGGCGUCCCGCGCGCCUGCGCGGAUGGCUCAGGAAUCUGAUGAAGAGACGGACAGGUUAGAUUUUAGCAACGACAGCAGUUCUCCAACAGAAUCUCAGUUGGAUAAAGAUGAGGAAGAGAAAUAUGAACAACUGGAAAUGACCACGCUGAAAUCGCCGCAGAAAUUUGUAGAUGGGGUCCAGAUAGGGAAAUUAAAAGAAGCGUUGUUUGACGUCAUUUCCGCCUCUGAGGUCAAUAUCAAUAACAAUCCAGUUGCCAAGGAAACCAAGCAAGUGGAUACGGAGACGACUGAAUACGAGAGUCAGCAAGAAAACACACUAGAUCGCUACGGAAUGGACUUCCAAAUACCACCCUCCUACGAUCACUCUAUCAAUGACGCGUCAAGAACUAGCAGCGAGUCGUCACUGGAUGCAAGUACUCACUCUAUGGACGCGACGGGUAUCGGACUCGUUCAGGACGAGUCGUCGACAAGUAGUAGCUGCGAAACGCUACCGAAAUCAGGCGCAGGGUGUAUGCCUUUUGCGGGAAGCCAUUCUGGGAAAUAUGCGAACGAUAUGCAGUACUAUUGCAGCUAUGAAACGGAAGACAUUUGCUCAGACAUGUGCAGUGAAGACUAUGCAUGCCUAGAGAAGAGAAACUGUAAACCGGUUCAACCAGAAACGGAAGUUUCCCUACCGGUUUCGGAUGCUUUCGGUGCUUGUCCCGCUUGCGGGGAUGACUGUGACUGUGACCGGUGUGAGUUGACUAUCUCGGGCUGUCCUGGACAGACAAAGGGCAGCUCGGUUUGCAGCUUAUGUUGCAUGUCCGAAUGUGAAUGUGAAGAGAACAGUGCGGCACCAUCCGUGGCUCUGAUUGCGGGGGGUAACUGCGAUAGCCAGUAUUACCCGCCCAAUAGAAAAAAGGAGAACCGCUACUCCUCCAACAGGAAGACGGGUGAGGGGUGCAACGAGAGGUUUGAGACCUCACUGUAAUGCGACAAAUUAAAAUGUACAGCGGUAAAGUGUUUGAGCAUGUUUACAAAAAGAGGGGUCGCGAGGUGAAAUGGUACUCGUUCGUUCCAAGAAAAGAACUGACGUAUAUCAUUUCAGCGAAAAUUUUGUGGGAUCCCCUUUCUGUAAAGUUCCCUUAUUUAUACCAAAGUACAUAAAUACCUCAAGGCUCUACUCUUGCAAAGACCUUGCACCCUUAAAUGUUCAACAAAUUGCGUCACUAACUACUGUCGACAUUUUUUCCCUAAAGUGAACCUCAACUUCCUAUUAACAAUUUUUAAAAGCAUGCUCAAACAUUUAAACUGCAGAGCGAAUGUAAAGAUAUAAAGGGUUCCAUAAAAGGAUAAAUAUAAAUAUUUAUAAGGACAAUGUUAGCGCAUGCCUUGGUUGUUGUAUACCCCUAUACCGCAUGUGUUGGGGUGUACUUAGUGAAAAUGACGAGGUUAAGGCGCUCUCAAGUUGAAUUGUAUAAUAGAUGAGAGUCAUACAAUUAAAUCUGUCAGGCAUCUAA